CCAAUUUGCGGUCUGAUUGGUCGUCAUCUGGGUUGAAUGUCUGAUAAUAGUAAUUCCAUUUUUUUUGUGAAAUCUCAAGAAAUAACAUUAACUGUCAUUGUUUUGUGCUUGCUGUAGUGGUUUUUUCGACUGACCAAAAGUGUUCACAUAGUAUUACCUUCAGUAAUUUGGGAUAGAAUCGCAUGUGUGAAAAAUAAAACAACGAAUAUUUAACGAGGUCAUUUACAAUGGCUGAAACUAAAACGAUGUCAAAUGCACACAGGCAGAUAGCCAGCGAGGGCGGCAGGGGCAGCAAGUAGAACUAGGUUAAGGCGUCAUAUUCGUAACCAGGUCGUGAUUGCGGAACAAGGGCACAUUUUUGACAAUCUCAAGGAAGUGUCCUGGAGAUUAUUUGGAGAAUAUUGAAUUAUCCGCUGAGGUCUCCAUGUUAUUACAAAAUGUGUUUAACGAAGAACGGCCGGUCUGCGAACGAAGUUAAGGCUCCAAUAGCCGCCGUUGAGUGUGUGAUUGAUUCCCCUAUCAAAAUGCAAGCAUCACCAGCCGCCUCGGUGCCUGCGCCUGCACCAGCAACUUCACCGGCAGCAAGUCAGUCUCUCAAACCCGCUAAAAGGACAGCUAAAGAUUACAUUUUCGGCAAAUUAAUUGGAGACGGCAUGUUUAGCACAGUUUUCCGCGCUAAGGACAUUCAUACGGGAAAAGAAUAUGCGAUUAAAGUGUGCGAAAAGCUGCAUAUCAUCCGAAAAAAGAAGAGGGAAUACAUUAAGCGAGAGAAAGAUGCUUUGAAUAUGUUGUUCAAUGUUCCACACGGUUUUGUGAAAUUGUAUUGUACGUUUCAAGAUGAAGAAAGAUUGUAUUUUGUCUUGUCUUAUGCGAAGAACGGCGAACUCUUGGCAAAAAUUAACGAAGUUGGUUCGUUCGACAUAAAUGUAGCAAAACAUUAUGCUGCGGAGUUAUUAUUGGCAUUAGAAAAGAUGCACGGCAAAGGAAUCAUUCACCGUGAUUUGAAACCGGAAAAUAUAUUGUUAGAUGAAAAUAUGCAUUUAAGGAUUGCUGAUUUUGGCACUGCUAAAAUAAUGGACCCAGAAGAAAUAAGAACGGCACAACCUGUUCAAGAAGACAAUGAAAAUGAUGAACGGUCGCGAAAAAUAAGUUUUGUGGGCACACCGCAAUAUGUCAGUCCUGAAUUAUUGCACAACUGUGUUGACACUCGAACAUCCGACUUGUGGGCUUUUGGCUGUAUUAUUUAUCAAAUGAUAUCAGGACUACCGCCAUUCCGUGCCGCUACAGAGUUUCUUAUUUUCCAGAAAAUACUUAAAUUGGAAUAUGAUUUCCCAGAAGGUUUCCCAGCCGAUGCCAAGGAUCUUGUAGAAAAAUUGUUAGUUUUAGACCAUAGCAAGAGAAUUGGAGCUGAUGACACUGGAGAUACUUAUCAAAGUAUUCGAAACCAUCCAUUUUUUGCCGGAAUAGACUGGGAAAAUAUAUUAGACCAAACUCCACCGACUAUUAGCCCAUAUUUACCUGGAGGUUCUUUUGAGGAAGAAUACAAUAUACCCGAUCACCUAGAACCAGGAUUAGACAAUAAACAGCUGUUACGUCUGUGGGAAUUUGAUCUGAAUACAUCAAAAGGGAUUUUGGAUAUCAGUCCCGAUGAAAAGCGUCGUAGGCUCGAAAUUCAAGCGCGGGAAAAUAAAUGGCAUCAGUUUGUGGACGGCGAGCUCAUUUUAAAACAAGGACAAGUUGACAAAAGGAAAGGCUUGUUUCCAAGACGUCGCAUGCUCUUGUUAACUACAGGACCACGACUUUUCUACGUCGAUCCCGUAAACAUGGUGCUCAAGGGGGAAAUACCAUGGUCACCUGAAUUGCGUGUCGAAGCAAAGAAUUUCAGAAUAUUUUUAGUACAUACGCCAAAUCGUACAUAUUAUUUGGAAGAUCCGGACUCAUAUGCAUUAGAGUGGACUCGAGUCAUCGAUGAAGUGCGUAUCGCCACAUAUGUCCGGGACACAACUUAAACGAGCGGCCCAGUCUCAGCCCGAGUCGCCCCCAAGUUCGCUCUAGAUCCUAGCCCGACUCCGGCCCCGCACGCCGGGUGCUCACAUCUAGGAUACAAAUAGCCUUCAUAAAGCACGGAAACCAUCCAUCCAGCCAGAAGCUUAUGCGAUGAAUUUGUGCCGACACAAACGGCAUCCCUAAGCUUAGCCUGGCGGAACAGGCGCCGCAUAGACUUCUAAAGCUCUGAUAUAGACGCCCCCGCCCGACGCGACGCUAUCAACGGUGGAUGUUUUACGAGACGAUAUCGGCUAAAGAUCAAUUGCUGUUGACAAUGAUUGACUGAUUCCUAUUAAUAGUAUAUCCCGACUAGUUUAAAUUAUUGAUCUUAUUUAAAUGUAAAUUAUCGGUGAUGUGUAAAUAUUUGUCUUAAAUUAUUAUAAUUGCAAUCGCUUAGAUUUAGUGUAAUAGUCUUGGGCCGCUGUAACUUUUAAGGGCCUUUGUAAGAAUGGACUUGUUAUUCACCACCUGCGUGUUCACGAAGACCAUUCCGGAUGGUACUAGGCAAUUUAUAGCUAAUCAAAUAUUAUUUAUAUUAAUUUUAAUUAUUUGCCAACGGAAUGUGACUGCUGUACAGUUAUAACUGUAGGAAAUUAAUGGAUCGGUCGUUUUCAUACACUAUGGUACUAGUGCCUCUAAACAAAUUAGAUAAUGAGGGUAUAGGGGGUAUAAUAUGAACAAUUUAUUUAUAAAAAUUAGAAAGGGCUAACAUCCCACAGAAUUAUUGUUUUGGUGGCAGGUUGCAUAGAAAUGAAAACUUCCGAUGUGAGAAGGAUAGCUUCUUAAGAGGUCGGCGCGAACGUAUCGGCAAAACUGCCUUUUACUGGUACUCACGCUCGAAUCGCGUAUCGUCGUCUGCUUCUUUGCUUAUUGAACGUGCUGGAAAUGCACUAUAAUCCUAACUAAGAAAAGGUAUACGGAAUACACCACCAAAGGUGAUUGCUAUUGGAAUGCUUAUUAAUUUAUCCAAAUUACGUAAUUGUUAAUUUAGAUUGGGAUUGCUUAUGAAUAGUAUACCUAAUACUAAAUUUUUGUUUAAAUAUUUAUUUCGUGUAGUUCAAAUGGACAGUGAUUUACAAAGCCAUAAAAAAUUUUCAAUGUCAUGGCAUUAAAGUCAUACAAAUUUGUCUAUACUAUCAAAAAUUUAUUGUUAUGAUUGUAGCUUGUUUGUAAUAGUUGUAUUUAAUGCCUAAAACUUGCCUGGACUAUUUAAAAUUAGGGCUUUUUGUAAAUUUGGAUUAAAAAUCCAUAGAUUUAUAUCAAACCCUCAUACUUAGUAAAAUAUAGAAAACUUGUGUAACCAUGAUCUCAGUUGGGUUAGGUUCCACUGUUACUUUGGAACGAGAAAUGGAACUUAACCCUUGGAGGUCAGACAGGAGUCCUUCAUGCAAUAAUUCACUCCUGGAUUAUGUUAAUUGGUGGCCCCGGAAUCCUUCCCCUAGGCAGAGCGAUACCAAGAUACGCCAGGAGGAUGGGGGACAAAAAUAAUAGAAAACUUAAUAGAAGUUGAGCCACUACUAUUAGGUAAAUUAAAUCAAAUCUUAAUUGGAAGAAAAUAUAGUUGUCGUAAAACAAUGACUACUCCAUGACAUUGUUAUAUAAUUAUUCUGCAUUUAAAUUUAAUAACUGUUAACUAUUGUAAUUAUAUUUUACAACAUUUGUAUUGCGAAAAUUCCAUAAAAUAACAAAAUAAGAAAUUGAAAAUAAAUUGAAGUUGAUUUUUUUCA